GUUUAGUUUCCUAAUCUUUAUCAGCUCUCUCUUUGGCUGUCUCCCAAAUAAGAAAAUAUCCUUCUGUGUCAGCAACGAAAUAAUUUUCCAGGCUUUUUUGCAAUCAUUUUAGGAUUUUUUCCUUAUCGGCGGAAAAAUGAUUGAGUCCACAAAGAAUCCCUUAAGGGAAACCAACACUGGCGACAAGCUGUGCUUUGACAAAAAUGAAUUUUUAAAGACAAACUUCUCGGUGGAUGAGUUCCUGCACAAGAAUCGCAAUGUUUCCAGCUUGGAAUUGUUGCGAGAUGAUCUGGGUCUUUAUUUGAAAAGUUUACGGGCAUCUAUGAUUGAUUUAAUCAAUGAAGACUAUGAAGAUUUUGUUAGUCUGUCGGCAAAUUUGGUUGGGCUAGAUCAAUUGAUUGACACCAUUGAAAAGCCACUGGAAGAGUUUCGUGAGGAAAUUCUUGGCAUAAAGACAAUUAUCGAUGAAAAUAUUGCUGAUAUACGUCAGAACCUUAAUGCCAAACGUGAAUUGCGAGAGAAAAGAAGAAACCUACAAAGCCUGAAAAAGGUGUAUGAAACAACACACAAGCUGGAAGAUUUGCUGGCAAAUCAACUUAAGGAUGAGACUAAAAUUGUGGAUUUAGAAAGGGCAGCUUUGGAUUUGGUGCAGUUGAAAUUUAAUGAAAAAUUUUGCAGUGAAUACUUAAAUACAGACGCCCAGACGGGUAUAAGAAAUUUGGAAUCGGAAGUUCACAAAAAACUAAGAGCCUUGCUGAAGUCUGCCAUCAACAAAUCCAAUGCAAACUGUUCGGAAGCACUGGAACGUUGCUUGCGGAUCUAUAUAACUUUGGAUGCAUGUCGCGAUGCUGAGUUGGCUUUCAAAGAAGAUAUUGUGGCACCGUAUAUGUCAGAAAUCAUAUCUGAACAUAGCUUGCAGCAGACACCACAAGGUCUGGCGGGAAUAUACAGCAAAGUUCUUAAUUUCAUUUCAUUGUAUAUGACUGAUCUGUUGCGCCUUACCCAAUAUACCGAUAAGUUAAAGGGUUUCAACUUUGUGGUCAAUAGUUUUUGGUCCGAUGUUGAAAUGCGUUUGGAAAAUCACAUGUCGUCUAUAUUUGCUCCUGGCAAUUCUGAAGUAUUUUAUGCUAAAUACAAAUGUACUCAAGAUUUUUUGAGCAAAAUUGAAGAACUUCUUGCGAAUCCAGAAUCUGUUGAGGUAUUUCGUCAGCACAAGCAGACAAAGGCUUUUCAAGGACGUUGGAAUCUACCGGUGUAUUUUCAGAUUUGUUUUCAGGAAAUUGCUGGUAAAUUUGAGGCAAUAUUGGAGCCACCCUUGUCGGAUGAUAUGUUGAAUGUAACUUCGGAACACUUUCAAUUGAAACCAUUUACAAAAGCCCUACUCGCCAUUAAGUCGUGUUGGAUGGAGGGUGUAUUUCUUCAGGAACUUUUUCCAAAAUUCUAUAAACUUCAUGUACAGAUACUAUUACGUUUGUGCCACUGGAUAGAAGUAGUACUUCGAAGCAUCACCUCCAAAAACACCGCUGCCGCACCCUCAUUGAAAAUGAAAAAUACAAUUUUACUGACAGCUUUACAUUCCGAUAUCAACAAAUUAAUUAAACUGCUUAACGAGCAAGAACAUGAAAUGGUUCUGGCGAAUUUAAAAACAACCACUAUGCAAAGAAUUCAACCCACUCAAUUGGAUCUUGUCAAAGAUGCAGUCUCAAAAUCUUUUAAUGAUUUAAAAGAUAAUUUCUCCCAGCAUCUGUUGGGUAUUAAACAAGCCAUUGUUGAUAGUUUGAUUACGGAAUGUGGUCCGGAUAAUGUCAAACAGGUUAAUGAUUUGCCUCGACUCUAUCGCAAAACCAAUCGUGAGGUACCAACACGUUGUUCCACAUAUGUGGAACAAAUGCUGAAGCCCAUGAAAUCCUUUACCGAUGAAUACAAUGACAAAUUGGACAAGGCAACAAUGCACAGUAUUUUGGAACUGGUUUUGAACAAGAUCACAGCGGAUUAUCUUGAAGCCGUUAAAGAAGUCUUGACGUCAGUCCAAAAAACCGAGGAAUCUUUGCGCCGUCUAAGAAGUCUAAAGGGCAAUGGGCAACAACCUAUGCCGGCCGCGGGUGGCACAAUGUCAGAUGAUGAUAAAAUACGCUUGCAGUUACGCGUCGAUGUCUCCUCAUGGACAAAUGAAUUAUCAAAACUUGGUUUUAUGCCCACCGAUGUUGCCCAAUUAAUGGAGCUGAACAACGUGGUAGAAGAGAGUAUAAAAGGAAAGUAGUCAUCACAAAUAAAAACAACAAAAAAUAUUCACUAAAUAUUUUUAAUAGAUGCAAUAUUUAUUCAUAGAGAAACACACGACAUAUACAAAUAUAUUCCAUAUAUAAAAAUAAAGCGCAUUUUUAAUACGGAAUAUAAGUA